UCCAUAGUCACUGUGGGUGAAAACAUGGCUGCACACACAAGCAGAGCAUUCCUGUCUCUAGGUCGAAUAAAUGUUCCUGGUCUCGGACUUCAUAAACCCGUGAGCAGGGUCACAUACGCGACCGGGUUGUCUAUAGAUUCUUCUAAUGCGACUACAGGUUCCCCUCAGAGAGGCGGUAAAAAAGCCUUUUCCAAAAAAUUCAAGAGAGAGAUAGGGGAUCCCAGGACAGAGCGGAUGCCACUGGAUCAGGAUUGGACUGCAGUUUAUCCAGUAGCAACCCCCUUCAUACCAGACGCCAUCCCCCUACCUGUGAGGAUGGGCUGCCCUGUGAAGGGAGGCGUUCCUCCAGAGAAGAAGGGCAACUUGGAGCUGAUCAAGAUACCAAAUUUUCUGCAUUUGACACCGGCAGCCAUCAGGAAACACUGUGAAGCUCUGAAACCAUUCUGUACAGAGUGGCCCUCUGCCUUGGACACUGAUGCCAAAUGUGACGAGCACUUCCCCAUCAAAGUAGAAACCAAAAGCUACGUGUCUGCCGGCCCAUCGAUCAGAAACCCUGCAGCUCGCAUUGUUCAUCUCAGCGUAAAGCUGUCCAGUUUGAAUCUAAAUGAUCAAGCACGCAAGAAAAUGCUCAAACUUGUUGGGGACAGAUACUGCAAAGAUACUGAUAUCCUCACCAUCACAGCUGACCGCUGCCCUUUGAGACAGCAGAAUUAUGACUAUGCCAUGUACCUGCUAACUGUCCUUUACCACGAGUCCUGGAAAAUAGAAGCCUGGGAGGCGGAGAAGACCGUGGCAGACAUGGAGGAGUAUAGCUGGGAGGGCAGCCCGUCCCAAAAGAAUAUCUUGGACGUGCUGGUACGCAUGAAAGAGGCCGGGGAAGGAGAAGGCGACGAAGUGCGAGAGCAGUUGCUGGGAAGAAGAGAGGUGCAGGAAUAUAAGGACUCUGUGACAAGGUUGAAGAAUGAAGGGGAGAACGAGAGCACCAUGCUGCAGUACAAAGAGGCUGUCAAGAAAGUACUCCAAUUGUAAUACAGCUUAAUGUACAAGUGUAUUUACAUAAGGAUGGUGAACAAGAGCAGCAGGGACCUGUAAUAGGCUCCAAACAUUUUUAAAUACUUGUGGGAUCACUUUGGACUCCAUGUAUGUAUCAGCAAGACAAACAAGAGAUUACUGAAGAUGAUUAAUGUUUCAGUAUACAUCAGGAUAUAACAACCUCAAAGGUCUCAAUUAAUGUAUUUAUUUUCCAAAAUAGAUUUACUGUCAUUAAGUGUAUGAUGCUGUCUUUAAUACAAAAAUAAAAGUCUAAGUUGGAAAGUUG